CUUCCUGCUAACGACGCUUUCACGCUUGGCUUGCCACACGACCCCGCACGCAUCGGCCUCCGCUCGUCCACGAAAAUCCCGUUUGUAUCAGGAACUAAAGCCCGUUCGCCCUCAGCCACUCCUCGCAGGUCACUUCCUCCACGGCAAAUGAGCGUAGACUCCCCAGAAUCCCCUCCCUCUCCCGACUCUCGCAAUCUUCCGUCCCACUCCGCCGUUUCUUCCGUACGCAAUGGCGUCCCCAACGGCGCUCCUCUCCGCCAGAGGAAGAAGGCUCGCACCGCCUCCGCGACCUCUCCCGAUCUCGCCACAAAGCCCAAAGACCUCAAGCCCUCUCGUCCGCCAGUAGACUGGGAGAUCCCACGCAAGACCCUCCACUCGUCUAUAGGCUUCCUCACUUGGUAUCUCUAUGCCUCAAAUGGCAAUCCUCGCACCGUCGUCUAUGCCCUCGGCCUUGCUUUAGCUGUCAUUGUCCCUGCAGACAUCCUCAGGUUCAAAUCUGACCGUUUCGAGUGGUUGUAUGAGCGCGCCGUGGGUUUCCUCAUGCGAGAGUCCGAGAAAAAAGCCGUCAACGGAGUGAUCUGGUACAUUCUGGGCGUUAUCUUCGUCCUCUCCGUAUAUCCUCUUGACAUCGCCACUGUCUCUAUCCUUAUACUCUCGUGGGCAGACACAGCUGCAUCUACCAUCGGUCGUCUUUGGGGCACGUACACCCCACCACUUCCGCGCUCGCUCCCCCUCAUUCCCUAUGCUCCCUUCUUCCGUCUUCCGCUCGCUCCUCGCAAGUCCCUCGCUGGUUUUCUUGCCGGUUCCAUCACUGGCGCCGCAAUUGCUGUUGGCUUCUGGGGCUUCUGGUACCCAGUUCGCGACGCGCAGCUCGUGUUCCACCUACCUACCCCCGAGACACUCGCCGCUGUGAACGACUUGAUGCCUGAGGCCGCCGCCCAUGCCCUACAGGAGAGCGUGCAAUGGUUGCAGAACGUGGACAUACCUCUUGGAAGGUGGAUAGGUCUCACAACUCUUGGUGUCGUAAGCGGCUUGAUUUCCGGUACGGCUGAGGCACUUGAUCUUGGCGCACUGGAUGAUAACUUGACACUUCCCAUAAUCUCCGGCGGGUGCAUCUGGGGAUUCUUCAAGGUGCUGGAGUUCUUCACCGGCUCAGCAUGAGCUUCCCCUUCAUAAUCUUGUUUUUAUCUCAUCAUCUCACUUCGACAUUUUGCAUCUCGUUAGCUAUAUCCUCGACAAUAACGUCCUCUACUUCAACAUCUUCAUGAAUCUCCCAGACUCCUUACAACUGUAAUCUGUCGACGUCAGCGCAUGAGUAGGCGAGCAUCGAGCAGCCGUGAUACUUGUAGAUCUACAUUAACCUUUCCCGAUCUCCCGAUCUCGACGCGAUUAGUGGACCCAAGCAGAGUGGCACCCAUACGAUACAGACGCUUACGACAUUUCUUAUUAGAACCACCGUCCUCGAUUUCAUAGCGUUUCGGUACAGUCACUAUACUGCGAUGAUAUACAUGUAUCUUUCCCGUUUU